GAUUAACAGACACCUCAACGACUGAGGACUGUUUCUCCAAGCAGCGUUCCCCCAGCGCGGUCGCAUGAGUCCCGCAACAUAGAGGCGGUGCCCAACGAAGGGCCACCCACGCUUCCCCCGCCCAGUGAGAAAGAGGACGCCGGCCGUAGCUCCGGGCGCGUGCUCUGCCGCUCACGCCGCCCCGCGCUCACGCCGCCCCGCGCUCACGCCGCCCCGCGCUCACGCCGCCCCGCGCUCACGCCGCCCCGCGCUCACGCCGCCCCGCCUCCCUCUCUCCAGUACUUCCUGCUGUGCUGCUCGCAGACCCCCGCCCCGCCGUUGGAGGGACCCGGCGUGUCCCGAGCGCGCUGUUAGCCACGGUUUGCCGGAAGAGACCGGGCAGCGGGGGAGAGCUGCAGAGGGUGGUGGAGCCCGCCACGCACGCCCAGGGAGGGCAGGGGGAGAGAAGGAGGCAGAGUUAAGCGAGGAGCGCGCGUAAGUGAGCUUGGGUCCGACUUGAGUUCGGCCCCCAAGCCGGCGUCACACCCCGUCUGAAGAAGACAGGCGGUCACAUGGCUUCGCCAUUCCUGCCUGCGGGAGCCACUACGAGCGACAGCGGUGGAGAGCUGAGCUCGGGGGACGGCUCCGUGGAUAUGGAAUCCCUCCAGAGCCCGGAGACCGAGGCGUCCUGGAGGCUGACAGAGCUGUUUGAGAAGGCUGCCGCGCACUUCCGAGGCCUGGUUCAAGGGGCCAGCAGGGAGCAGCUCUUGUACCUGUAUGCCCGGUACAAGCAGGUCACAGUUGGAAAUUGCAAUACUCCUAAACCAAGCUACUUUGACUUUGAAGGAAAGCAAAAAUGGGAAGCAUGGAAAGCACUUGGUGAUUCAAGCCCCAGCCGAGCAAUGCAGGAGUAUAUUGCCGUAGUUAAAAAAUUAGAUCCAAGUUGGAAUCCUCAGUCACCAGAGAAGAAAGGAAAAGAAGCAAAUAUUGGUUUUGGUGGGCCAGUUGUUAGUUCUCUGUAUCACGAAGAAAUCAUCAGGGAAGAAGACAAAAACAUAUUUGACUACUGCAGGGAAAACAACAUUGACCAUAUAACCAAAGUCUUCAAAUCAAAAAACGUGGAUGUGAAUAUGAAAGAUGAAGAGGGCAGAGCUCUACUCCAUUGGGCUUGUGAUCGAGGACAUAAGGAACUAGUCACAGUCCUGCUACAACAUAGGGCCGAUAUUAACUGUCAGGACAAUGAAGGUCAAACAGCUCUACAUUAUGCUGCUGCCUGUGAAUUUUUGGACAUUGUUGAGCUGCUGCUCCAGUCCGGCGCCGACCCCACACUCCGAGACCAGGACGGCUGCCUGCCGGAGGAGGCGACAGGGUGCAGAGAGGUCACUUUGAUGUUACAGCGGCACACGACUGGCAAGGCUUAAUCAAAAGACUGGAAACCCACAGUCUAUAACGGCACAGGGCUUCAGUGGUUAAAGAAAACUUCAAAAAAUAACACUUCUUUUGCCACCCAUCUUUGGUAUACACUGGCUAAUAAGAUCAGUUGUGAGAAACUGGGGUUUUGAAGUCUCAGCAAUUCCUUCUACUUGCAUAUAUUCCAGCGAGUACCGUUUGGUGAUGAACAUGUGUACUGUACAUAAUACAAUCCGAUUCCGCUGAACGUGCUCUGAAAUUUAUCAAUGUUCUAGAGGCUGGGAGAGGAGGAGACGCAUCGUAUUUCACAAUAUUAAACAUGACUGCUCUUUUAAAAAGCAUACAGAAGGGAAGUAGAACCGGCAGUACUACACCGACAAUUAGGGAAAGUUCCAUGAAAUCCCAAUAUGGUGGAGCUCACACGGUCUCAUGGCAUUUGGUACAGAUGGUCUGAAUAAGUAGCUAAAACAUCUAUUCUUUUGUCAGACAGAUUUGGGAAGAUAGGAAAGAAGAGGGCUGUUAAGAAAGCCAAAGAGAGAAAGGGCAGAGUUUUGUCACAUAAGGGAUAUAGAAAUCAGAGGAACAACCAGAUUUACGGAAAAACCUCAGAAUCUUGGACAUCUUAGGAUGGAAACACAGAUUCUAGAGAAUGCACUGGUUAGGUCAGGAUUCCUUAAACUCACGUUUACAAAACAGGGAGGAACCUCCCUAGGGCCCUUUUAAUUGGCUAUAAUGUUCCUGUUGCAUAUGGCAGCAGUCUCUGUAACUAGCUCAGGCCUGAACUGUUAGACCUAUUUGGUCUAAUAUGAAACAGCCGUAAUGCCCCAAUACUUAAGUGUGAUUGAAGUUAUUUCUGGAGCACUUCUAUUUUUUAUUAAAAACAUAGACAAGUGCGCCACAGGUUUUAUGUAAAGGAUAGACAAGUAUGCCACUGUUGAAACUGGCUCCCUACAUUUUCCCCUUUAAGCCUCAAGAACUCCAUCUGGGAAAUUCCUUGACAUUUCUUAUUAUGUGAGGAAAGUAGAUAGUUGUCAUAGGAAGAGAAAUGAAGAAACAAGUUGAGAUGCCAAGAUGACCAUUUAAAAGAUAAUUUUUUAACGUGUCACUCCUAAGAUAACAAGUAAUAAACUUGUUUAGUGGAGCCCUCAACAAUGGACAAGAGUUUCAUUAGCUCAAGCUAACCUGUCCUUCUGGAACAAGCCCCUCCAGAGCAGAAAUGAGGCAUAUUAAUAAUGCUGCUUAUUUUGUGAUUUUUCUAACCUCUUAUUUUCUGAGAUGUAAACCAAAACCACUCACCAAGAUUAUUCAUUUUUUAAAUGGCUUCUUAAUUAUCUGUGGAAGUGAUAAGCACGUUAGUACAUACUGAAAUGUUACUGUAAUUCUAGCAGAGGUUUCUCUUCAUUAUCUGUUCUUUUCCCACAGUCCCAGCUACAUUGCAACCUACUGUUCAGCUAAAUUCUCUCAUGUUCCACGUUAAUUGAAUGUGUUUUAAGUAACAUUAUUCAUUAGUUACAGUAAAAGUGACCAAGAUGUUGCAUGCAGCUUUUAACUGAUAUUACUUUGUGCAUUUUUCGGACAUUAGCAAAUCAAAAAGUGUUUAUUCAUUUCCAAUUUACAGGGUAGUUAUCUGAGCAAGAAGCUAUCAAGGAGCUCCUUUUUUCAUUUCUCUUUUGUAAUUCAACCUGGGUAUGUAUUAGACAAGUUUUUAAUAAGCUGCUUUGCCACAUCCAAAACAGGUUGUUUUUAAAUAAAGAAUGUAAUUUGGUUUUUAUUAAUUUUAUUUUAAGGUUUCACAUUUGCAUUGAAAGCUAUCACUAAAAGCAGUCAUCAACUUAACAUUUUCAAGUGCAUUUUAAAAUCAGGUUCCAAAAUCUCUAUACUUCUGAUGCCCGUAUCUGAAUUUUCAAAAACCUUACCGUCGUAUAUAACAAUCUAUGGAUCAUCUCCCUGUGCCUUAUUAAGGGGACGAUUUCAUUCAUAAAUGUCAGAGAAAACUGGAUCUUGGUUUGUUUUCAUUCCCCUUAAAUUAUUGAACUAUUAUGAAGUGCAUCACACUUCAGCCAGAUCAUGAGUUCCACUGCCAAAGCUGCAGCGGUUACCACCAAGCAAAGGACACAAAUAUACUGAACCAAAAAGCUGGCUGACUUCCUCAGAUACGUGAUGAACCAUUUUUUCAUAUAGUUCAGCAUGAUAAAACUAGGACAUACUUUUAGUGUAAGUUUGGUUUUGUUUUGCAGAAUUUUUUUUUCCUGGACAGAUUAGUGAUGUUCAAGCCAAUUAGUAUUUGAAAAUAUCCUAGAAAACCUUUUUCUGAAGGUUCAUCUCUUCUUUCUUUGGCCACGCCAUGCAGCUUGUGGGAUCUUAGCUCCCCGACCAGGGAUUGAACCCACGCCUUCGGCAGUGAAAGGAAUUCCCUAACCACAGGACCACCAGGGAAUUCCCUGAAGGUUCAUUUCUAGUCAUGAUUCAACUAGAACUUCAAAAUAAUUGUUCAGCUUUUUUUUUUUAAUGUUUACUGGGAUUGGGAUUUUGUUUACCUCAUCCUUGGUUCAAACUCUCUGAUUUGUUAUUUUUAGUGUACAUGAGAAUUUUAAAAAUUGAGUCUCCAUUGUGUUCCCAAACUGGAAACCAGUUGGCUUGGAGGCAUCUUUAGGUAGUGGGUAACUAAAGACGUUUGUCAGUGUUGUGAAUAGUUGCUUUUUGCUACUUUACAACUUGCAUUUUCUAGACUAUUUAUAUUUUACCUUUCUACUUGAACCUCCUUCUCGGUUCCACAUUUAUUCUAUUGUCUUGUCCUCCAGACACCUCUAUAGAUGUGUGUCUACACAUAAAAACAUACCUAACCCCAUUUUCCU